GACCUUGACCUGGUGGGGACACUACUGAAGCUUCAAGGGCCAUUAGUCUGUCCCCACCUUACAGGAAACAGAGGCCCAGGCUACCUGUCCAAGUUCCUCAGCAACUUAGGUCCUUGAAAACCCAAAGCUGGAGAUCCUAGCAACCCGGACUCCUGCCUCGCGCGAUUUUUCCAAGGGUCACCUGGACCCUCCUCCUGCGUCAGGUCAACACCACGGUCCAGUGUGUGUGAGUGACUCUGAGGUAUGCAGUAGCCCCAAGGGUGUGAGUUGGGCCUGGGGGUGGGGGGCCAGUGUCAGGACUGGAAGGCGAGUGAGGGCUGUGGUGCUUGCACGGUGUGGAGACAGCUGAGAACAGUGUCUGGAGCGGGGCUCUGGACACAAACACACUCAGGUUCCAGUCCUUGCUGUGUGACCUUAGUCCCCUCAGGCUUCCUGCACCCUCCAGCUACACUGACCCGUGAAGACCCCCGGGCCCACUGCUUCCGGUUAGUCUCUGCCUCCGCGCUGAAGCUCGGAUCUGUUCUCUGCGAUGUCUUUGCGAGUCCUCAACCCCAUGUCCUUCUCUCCACCGACCGCGCCAGGAGGCGGGUCCUUCGUGAGCUCGGAAAAAAGAUGGAUCAUGUGAGUGGGACUGAGAGGUUUAUGGAGCUGAGUUCCCGCGGCUGUAAAUCACCUUGCCCUCCCCGGUAUAAAGCGCCUGUCCAGCCCGGCCUGAGAGAGAGGAGACACUUGCCGCCCCCUGACCCCCAGCUCAGCGCGGGCUCCUGGCCCACCUGGCAGACGGAUUUGUGACCCCUCCAAUCUCCAGUCACCCCUGCCAUGUCCGAGGAGCUGGCCACGGGCCCCAAGGAGAGCCCGCCGGAGCCGCGGGCAGGCCCCCGCGAGGUGUGGAAGAAGGGCGGCCGCCUGCUGUCGGUGCUGCUGGCCGUGAACGUGCUCCUCCUCGCCUGCACGCUUAUCAGCGGCGGCGCCUUCAACAAGGUGGCGGUGUACGACACCGACGUGUUCGCGCUGCUCACCACCAUGAUGCUGCUGGCUGUGCUCUGGAUUCUCUUCUACCUCCUUCGCACUGUGCGCUGCCCCGACGCCGUCCCCUAUCGGGACGCGCACGCCGGCCCCAUCUGGCUCCGAGGUGGGCUGGUGCUGUUUGGGAUCUGCACUCUCGUCAUGGAUGUCUUCAAGACCGGCUACUACUCCAGUUUCUUUGAGUGCCAGUCAGCCAUCAAGAUCCUGCACCCUCUCACCCAGGCUGUGUUUGUCAUUGUCCAGACUUACUUUCUCUGGGUCUCCGCCAAAGAUUGUAUUCACACCCACCUGGAUCUGACACGAUGUGGUCUCAUGUUCACCCUCACCACCAACCUGGCUAUCUGGAUGGCAGCCGUGGUGGAUGAAUCCGUGCACCAGGCCCACUCCCACAGCAGUUCUCAUGGCAACACCAGCUACACCCGCCUCACUCAGGACUGGGAGCGUGCGGGCAGCGCCGCCGGAGGAGACUGCUCCUGCAACACGGCCGUCUGCCAGGUCUUCCAGCAGGGCUCCUUCUACUUGUAUCCCUUCAACAUCGAGUACAGCCUCUUUGCCUCUACGAUGCUCUAUGUCAUGUGGAAGAACGUGGGCAGGCUGCUGGCCUCCUCGACCCACAGCCACAGCCACACCCCAUCCCCCAUCAGCCUCUUCCGGGAGACCUUUUUUGUUGGUCCCAUCCUGGGCCUGAUACUCUUCGUGGUAGGGCUGGCCGUCUUCAUCAUCUACGAGGUCCAAGUGAGCGGGGAGACAGGCCGCACCCAGCAGGCCCUGGUCAUCUACUACAUCUUCAACAUCGUCUGUCUGGGGCUCAUGACCUUGGUCAGCCUGAGUGGCUCAGUCAUCUACCGUUUUGACCGCCGAGCCAUGGACCAUCAUAAGAACCCCACGCGCACCCUGGACGUGGCCCUGCUGAUGGGUGCUGCUCUGGGCCAGUAUGCCAUCUCCUACUACUCUAUCGUGGCUGUGGUGGUAGGCACACCCAGGGACCUGCUGGCAGGGCUCAACUUAGCCCAUGCUCUGCUCAUGAUUGCGCAGCACACCUUCCAGAAUGUGUUCAUCAUUGAGAGUCUCCAUCGGGGACCCCCCGGGGAUGAGAUUCAUGGCACUCCCCCCAAGGAGCCCUGCCAAGGUCUUACCUUUGCCAACCUGGACGCCCUCCACACCUUGCCUGCCUGCCCGCCCCCCGCCGAGCUGGUUGGCCCCAGCCCAGCAGGACCUCAGGAAGCAGUGAGCAUCACCUCAGCCCCCAAGGGCCACUGGAGAAGCAGCUGUGGAUCAUGCCUGCCUUCGGGGCCCGCCCUCACUUCAGCAACACAGCGGAGGUGGACUUCUACGGCUACUCCCUCUGGGCAGCCAUCGUCAACAUCUGCCUGCCUUUCGGCAUCUUCUACCGCAUGCAUGCUGUCUCCAGCCUGCUGGAGGUCUACGUGCUGUCCUGAAGCCCCAGCAGAGACACAGGGAACGGGGCUCAGCUCAUGUACCCACCCAGGAAUGAAUCAUACAACUACCCAUUCUCCGCCGGCCCCAGAGUGGAAUUUUCACCAAAAUUAUUUUUCCAGGAUGAGUUUUUAAAUCACAAUCAGGACAUGCACAUCCACCCCAGAACGCUCCUGGAGCAUGGGGUGACUAGAGGAGGAAGAUCUCUCUCCCUGCCUUGUUUCUAGGACCAGGCAAGAUCUGGAAGUGUCCUAGACUCUGGCUCUACCCCAACCCCAGGCCUGUGGCCUGACCAGUGCUGCUGCCUAGAGAUGGAAACCAAUAAACCUGC